AUGAGUAGAUUAAUUCAACUGGGAGCAAAAUUGCUGGAACUCUGCGCUAGUGAACACUUUGAUAAUAAAAUAUUCACAAUAUUCUGGCUGCUUAUACUGUCAGCGAGCGCCGCAUGCGCUGGUAUUGUGAUGCGCCAGGUACUGAGCUUGUACUCAGGAGAGGCCGUGACGUAUCUCGUAGACACCAACUACUUGAAGUUCGACACCACCUUUCCAGCAGUGACGGUCUGCGAGCAGGCGAAUGCAGAGAGAGUAGCCGCGUAUACGAAACGAAACAAACUGCCCGGAACCCUAAACCUGUUCCUGAAGGACAUGACGUACUGGAGCGCGAGGGUCUGCAGCUGUACCGGCUGCAGGCCUGGCUACUGCACUGACGACUUCUUAGAGAUGGUCAAGACCAUCCGGGCUGGCUGCAAGGAGCUCCUCACUGACUGCUGGUGGGCUGACGAACACUUUUCAUGCUGUGACAGGUUCCUCCCAAUAGAGACAGAGUUCGGCACAUGCUUCGUAUUCAACUCCAGGCUGACAGGGAACGAGACGGCUCUCAUCGUGAACCGCAAGAUAGGUCUGCCGAAUCUUGUCAUCACCGCGAUUCAGGACGUAGCGAUAAGGGUCCACUCUCCGGACGACAUGUGCACCGUUGGGAUGGAGAAUGCUCUGGGCAAGCCUUUGGAUCUACCCAUGAUUACUGAUUUUGAGAUCAUUUUAACGGCAGAAGAGACGCUAAGCGAGGAGUUCGUGACGUCAAUGCCUCCGCGCGUUCGUGGGUGCCUGCUCAAAGACGAGCGGCCCUCCUUCGUACAGGAGUAG